CCCGGAGAAACCCCGCAACCGCGCCGCGCCGCUCAUCUUCGCCAACGGGCCCCGCGUAACCAUACCGGCUAGAAAGUCGACCCCAGGUCCCCGAGCUUUAAGCAUCCCCCGUUCACAAGAUCUCAUUUCUUCUCUUUCUGGGCUUUCCUCUGCUCAUUCUCUAUCGCUGUUAAAUCAAGGCGGAAUUUGAUCUGACCUAGGAAGCUUUCGCGCUAAACUGUGGUUAAUUCCCCAAGUCCGUGGUAGACCGGGAAGGAAAGACUAACUAACCCAACCCCACCGGCGCGCAGAAACGAGAUACUACGCAUAGAGAAACCCUGAAAGAUAUGAUGAUGAUUAGGUGCGUGUGCGAACCUAUACGCACAUCGAUUUGCAAGGUGUACGGUCCUAAAUAGCUGUCAAAAUAUUCUCCUUUAAAUGGUAGAAAAUCUGCUUCCCCCAGAGCCGAAUUCCCUAUUUCCCAUCAGUGACCCGAUGACUCGUAGGAUCUGAUUGAUCGACGCGUGGUCUCUUCCAAAAUCGCGACUACAGCGUUCCAGGAGGUUUUCCAGAAACCGGAAGACACCGAGGCUCCGGAUAACUCCUCGACUAAAGUUAAACCAUGUUUUCAUGAGAAUCGGACUGAGAUGUCUUUGCAACGGACAGUUUAUUCUCAAGUUGGAGAAAAAGGAAAGUGUUUAUCCCCCAACAAGUUAUUUUGGUUAAUUAACUUUCACUGCUGUCUUUCAUCUGUUAUAUAGCGAGGGUCCGAAGCAGUCCUACGGAGGAUUCUGUCCCAUAGAGGGGUUGUUGGAGCUAUGGUGAUAAGGGCAGAUGGCAUUCCACUUAAAACGAGCCUAAAUUACACUACAACAGUUCAAUAUGGAAGGCAUCUUCAUCACCUUAUAGAACUAGCAGGAUACGCUGUGAAAGAAUUUAAUCCUCAAGAUGCCCUAACUCUUCUGAGGAUUAGAACAGAGAAAUAUGAAAUCUUGGUGAUCCCAGCUAAGGAAUAUCUUCUUGCCGUUCUUCAGGAUCCAUAUGAAUAGACCUUCUGCAGUAUUAAUCUUGCAUUCAUGAAACUAUACUUUGAAAAAGGCUCAGGUUUUCAUUGUGGGCCUUACUGUUACUGAAUUUACCAGUAUAUUGAGCUUGUUUUUACUAAAACACUCUCUAGCACAGCUUCUUAGAUUUUGUUUCUGGUUGUAUUUUAGAACUGUGCUUUAGCAAGAUAUCAUACACAGAUCAAAAUCUGAUGUGAGUCCCCAAGCUUAAUGACUAAUGUAAUAAAAAUGAAUCUGUGCAAGAUGCUCCCCGAA